AUGGCUCGUACUACUACUGCUCUCUUCCUCGCUCUUCCACUGUUAGUAUCGGCCGUUGACCUUGGUGUGCCUCUUUCCUGGAGGAAAUUCAGCAAUUCUCGACCCGUCACAGAACGCCAGAACAUUGCUCAAGCUGCAAUCGAUAAUAUCAAACAAUAUGUCAACUACGAUAACUACGAACUUAAUGGACUUGGAUACUGGGGUUCUGCAAAUACCUGGAGCGCCAUGGCUUUAAAAGACAAGGCUACAGGAAAUCAAGCAAACAGAGGGAUUGUCAGUGAUGCGUUAGGGAACAAUAUAUAUUGGCAUCCUCACUACUACAAAUAUGAAUACAACGACGAUGCGAUGUGGUGGGGGACAGCAAACAUAUAUGCGUAUCGCGCAUACAAAGAUAAUGUCUUGCUUGGAGCUAUUGUAACAGUCGUUCCUUUUGGGUCUAGCGUCGUCACCGCUGCACAUGCUGCGGCCGGAAAACAUCCUCUUAAAACAGGUACACUCAAGGGUACUUGUGGUGGUACAACUAUGGCUGGGGGCGUCUUCUGGAGGACCACGGCCAAUGAUAUGGGCAUGAACGCUAUCACUACCGGGCUCUAUAUGACCCUCUCUGCUUACCUGGCUGAGGCCACUGGAGACUCCAAGUACACGAACGCGGCCAUUCUCUCCGCCAACUGGAUCAAAAAUCACAGAUACUCUACUUCUGCUAAGAUUGUGCUCGACUCGAUUAAUUCUGCGGAUUGUACCACUUCUGCGGAUUCGUUCACUUUUACCUAUAAUAGCGGUAAGUUCGUAGAAGGACUAGCAGUUCUCAAGGACGUAACCAAGGACGCUCAGUGGACCAAUUUGAUGACUGAAACUGUUAACGCGGCCGUCAAGUCUAAUCACUGGCAAGGUUCGGAUGGUAUCAUCACUGAGGGUCAGGACGGAGACCUUAACACCAACAAUGAUGGUCGAAUCUUUAAGGCUGUCUUCCUUCGCGGCCUCACCGAAGUGUUCCAACGAAGCGUUGCCGACAACAAUUUGCGAAUUCUUAUCCAUAGCUAUGUAGAUGUGCAGUAUAAUGCACUUCUUGAUCUAGCAUCCAACGGGGCAUCAUAUGGUGUUGUUUGGCAUGGUCCGUACUUUGGACCAACAUCAUGGGGCCAGAAUGCGGCGGUGGACGUCUUGGUUGCCGCGAUUGUAGCAAAUUAG